UUUCGAACCAGUUUCAUGCAAAUGACGUUUUUACUAAUUUCUGUUAUUGAUUUCGAAAAAAACAGCGUCUACAAUCACAAUAUAAAUAACUGAAUUUGUCUAUUUCGAGUUGUCGAAAUAGGGGAACUUUGACAGCAAAAAAUCUAGUGUAUGUAUUUAUAUCCCGUCGAUUGAAAAAGCGAAACAUGACAAAUUGUUCGAAUUUUAAGUUUUCGUAUCUGGUGUUAGUGUGUAGUUUUAUUUUGGUAGUAGCGACGAACGAUGCCAAAACAAACAAUUCAUCUGAACUUGUAGCUGUAGCUGUGAUUUUUAGGCAUGGUGACAGAUCCCCUAUGGCAUCUUUUCCAACCGACGAAUACUUUAAAGAAUCUUAUUGGCCUAUGGGAUUCGCACAAUUAACAAAGAAAGGAAUUCAGAGACAGUACAAACUAGGACAAUGGCUCCGCCAAAAAUACAGCGGCUUUUUGAAUGAAUUAUAUUUCAGUAAAGAUAUAUACGUUCAGUCCUCAAAUCUAGAUCGAUGUUUGAUGUCAGCUUCAGCCACAUUGGCUGGACUGUAUCCUCCAAAAGACGAUCAAGUAUGGAACGAUAAACUUCCAUGGCAGCCCGUUCCAGUUCAUGUAGGAUUAGAGACGUACAUAAGAAAACAAGAUUGUCACAAAUUCGUAAAACUAUACGCCAAAACGUUAAAAGUGUACAAUAAAGUUUUCAGAGAGAAAUAUUUACAGUUUUUCGAGAAUAUUUCCGCCCAUUCCGGAUUUGAAGAUGUAACUAUUUCUAACGUGGCUGCUGUGAGAAGUUCUUUGUAUAUCUACAAGAAUUACAAUACCUCGUUUAUUCCCGAAUGGAUAGGAAAAAUGGAUCAGAACACUUUGGAUUUUAUAGCAGGAACAAAAUACAUGAUCCCAGCUGCUACUCCAACUUUAACAAGACUUUCUGUAGGUGUUUUUUACAAUUACCUUUUUGAAAAUCUUGACAAGUUUAUUGACCCAUCGAUAAAAGACAAACCACAAAAAUUUAUGCUAAUGGCAACCCAUGAUACAACAAUAUCACCCAUAUUGUAUGGUUUGGGCCUGUAUGAUAUAAGGCCUAUUGGAUUUUCUGAUGCUUUUAUAAUAGAAUUAAGAAAACACAACAAAGGGGGCUAUUUUAUAAAUUUUCUGUUUAAAUCGGGUGAUAAAUUAGAACAUAAGGUUCUUAAAGAAUGCGAAUUCGAUUGCAACUAUAAUGCAGUUAAAGACUUAUUGAAAAAUGUGACUAUUGACGUAGAUACAAGAAGAAUUGAAUGUGCCGAAAGAGGAAAGAUGAUAAAGGAAGCGUUCAAAAGUGAUCAAACUCUCAUUAAUUAUUUUAAUUGA